CCUCUGUAACUGCACGGUCUUAUUUGACAGCGGGACCAACGCAGAGCAGCAGCAACUAUGGCUAAAAGUGAUGGAUGCGAUUACUUUAAAAGAACCAGCCUGUUCUGGAUUGUCGCCGUGACACUCGGGAUGGGAUAUUACACAUGCAUUGUGUUUGCUCCAGAGAAAAUCCCAUUUGAGUACCUCGGUCCAUAUGGCACCUUCUGUAAAUACCUUGUGGAUAACCAUGCUGGCAUUAUGUACAAAGGGUGGUGGGCCGCCUGGGCUGUCCAUGUUUUUGAGGCCUGUGUUGCAUUGAGAGUGUGCGGUAACAAAGGCAUCACCAACAUGGUCACUCGCUGCCUGUGGUUCGUCCAGACCUUUCUGUUUGGCUUCGCCUCCCUCGGUCUGCUCCUGAAAUACGACCCCGAGCGCCCCAAACAGCACUGACUCCAGCAGGAGGAGCCCACAGAACAACAGUGCAUAAGCUGAAUCCAGAGCAUCAAUCACCUCCUUGUGCCUCUUCUUCCUCCGCUGGUUUUCUCUUUGAUAUGAAAGUGAAGGAAGGCACCUGAGCCUUUGCUGUUAUUUUUACUUUUAACAUAAAAGUAACUGAAGUGAGGACAUAUCCUUGGUAGAGAUUACAGUUUUUCUUACAUAGUUUAUAGUACUUACUGUGUUCAUGUGAUGGACACGCAGCUCGAUUUCAUACCACAGAGUUUCUAUUAAUAUACCACAGAAGUUUUUAUUGAUAAUACUGUUAACAGAUAUGUGUUCAGCAUCAUUCUCUCAAUGAAUCUGUAUAUUUAGUGAAAUACAAGGGGGAUCUUUUAUGAAAUUAUUUUGUACUCUCAUGAUGUUUACAUUCAGCCUGGGUGAAGGCAGGAGGGAUAUUUUCUCAGCUGCUGUGAUGAAGACUGGUUGGCUGCAGAUGGUACACACAGCCAACAGCCUCAGAAGUUCGCUAGGAUAAAAAUAAGGAGAGCUGCUGUAUGCAUAUCAAAAUUCACAUUUGUCUUUAAUACUGUAUACUGAAGUGCUUUGGGAUCAACUUUUUAAACUACAGACUGGAUGUUUUUAACGUUAACAAUGCAAAUUAAAGAGUGACUUACAAACUGCA